CACUGCACCUGCUCACUGUGUUACAGGUGUCUCCAAUAAGCACAAUGACUGCAAAGCCUUCUGUUUAAGAGCAGACUCUUUUCUGUGAGGGUCACUCACUGUAACUGACCUACUCUUUAGAGGGAGCUAUGUUCCUGGGAGGCUGUUUAAGGGUGUCAUGGAUCAGCCUGCUUUUUUGCCUUGGAAAUUGUUUUCCUACUGAUCAUGGCAAUAAAGCGACUUCCUUGAGUUCUGAAUCUUCAGCAAUUCAAGACUCUAAGGUUGCAUCCUCAUCUGGUGGAAAUGAAUUAAACUCUGGUAUUGAUGCUCCUGAUGAGACCACUGACUCCAACUCUACUAGUGCCCCAGAUACUCUAUCACCAAGAACCUUUUAUGUUGGCCCUCCAUUGCAUGCAGAGGAGAAGUCAGCUGGCUUCUCAAUGCAGCCACUGAUGGUCUCAAGUCCUGGAGGCUUGCAUCCAUUAUCCAAUCCCUGGUUUGGACCAUUCCAUGAAGCUGUAUAUCCCAGCCCUGACUCUCAUCCAUAUACUUAUGGCGAUAGCUCUAAGGGAUUUCCUUAUUACAAUUAUGGUGGCAUCCAUGCAGCAUCUCUUCCUUAUAGCUACAGUUAUGGUACUGCUGGGUUUCCUCAUUACAGUUAUGCUUAUGGCAUGAGUGGUUUGCCUCUCCCAGCCUAUGACCGUAGGAUGUCUGCAUCUCCUCCCUAUGGGGUGGGCCCUCUACCUGCUUAUGGCUACUUGCCCUGGCAGCCUUCAACACUUGAUCCUGAACUGUUCCUCACUGGAAAUACUUUAAUGAAAGUUCAUGAAAUGCCACUUGUUCAGCCCUGGAUGACUAGUGCGGUGCCAGUGGGCAUGAUGAUGCCUUCUGUGUACCAUCCAUCUCACCUCAUGCAGUUAAAUGGAGGCUAUCACAGAGCAAGAGAAAUCUUUUCUGACAAUCAGUACUCCAGCAAUGAUUAUUCUUUAGAGCCUGAAACUGACACAAUGCAGCAACAAGAUGUUCCAGAAAUUGACUUUUAGAAGGCAGAUUGUCUCUUUUUGGGUGGACUUGUCAUCUGGCUAUCUGGAACUUUUUAGAUGUGGACAGAGAACUGAAUAAAACUGAUGGGGAAAAUUUAAAACUGGCUUGACUCCUCUCUUUAUCAUGUAACAUUGCAGUAUCUAUAUGACAUAAAGGGACUUCAUGAUGAAACUGACUCAGCUGGUUUGUGUUGACUCUUUUAAUUUAUGAUUAAACGGACUGCUUCAGACACUUCUGUGGAUCUCAGGAAAGACCAGAGUACAGGAUUAGUCAAACUGACCCUUGAAGGGAUACUGCUGAACCAAUAAUUUUCUGAACUGAGAUUGGAGCACUGAAUGCUGUUUCAUGUUUGUUUCUGAUUGGGUUGUAGUGGUCUGGAAUGUUUGCUAUGCCAUUCAAUGGGUUAAAGUAAAGAUUUCUAUUGAAAUUUUAAGAAGAUUACUUUAACUCUGUUUGUAGGUCUGUGUCAAUUACUUAUUCUUUUCUAUGCAUUAGUUGGCACUUGACUGGACUAAUCUGAUUUUUUGUAUGGUUAUAAAAGAGGAUGGAGCCCAAAAUGAAAAAUCUUCUUAAAAUGCUGUAUAAUUUGGGGAAGGAGGGAUGUAAAAGACAAAAUGAUAUUAAAACAUCUGUUUUAAGUUCAAUUCUGAAUUUGUACAGGGCAUAUAUCAUGACUCUCUAAGCUGAAUACUCAAUUUAAAAACAAAAAUUCUAGUAAAAUUUAAGCUUUACAUGUAAAUGUAUAACUGAGAAUACAACUAAAGAUGUUUUUGAAUGCCUGCUGAAAAUGAAUCACUUUUCCUUUUCAGUAAGGAGCAAAAACUACAAUAUUUUGUAGGCUAUAAAAAGCCAUCAUGGGCCAGCCCCUAUUCUACAAAUGAGCUUAUGUUCUUACAAGUAGGUGAGUUUUAUUUGGUUUAACGUGCCAUAUGUUAAUGCGGAGGAGUUCACUGAAAGCCCUACUAAUCCUUUUAGCUGCUUGUCCUCCAGAAGGUUCAGAGGGACGCAUUUUACAGCAGGCAACAGACAAAUUUUAAUAUGACCACAAUUCUGUGGAUUUAUUUUCUGUAUUUGUAACGGGUAGAAGCAAUUUUUGAAAUGGAUUUAUCUGCUUUUUGUUUCGAUGGACGACUUGUUAUAAGGGAUUAUGUAAUUCUGUACAGCCUUGGCCAUCUGAAAAUGACGGAUACAGCAGGUGGAUAAGAAUCUUGGUUGGAUUUUCAUUUUUCUUGCAAUUGCUCUGUGGGAAAACAUAGAAGUUACCUUGUAUUUUCAAGACUUAAAAAAUGGGCUGCUCACCCUCCAAAGGUACGAAUUUGGGCAGUUUGGGUGUCAUGAGGAGGGAAAGAAUGUUACCUGCAGUGCCUCAAGAAAACAAGAUAGAAGAAGAUGGAAGGAAGAACAACGUAACAGGAUCUGCAAAAGGGGAAGUAAAGGGGAACAAGGAAUCUCCACAUGUCCAGGUACUUCAGAAAGAAGCUCAAAUGACACCACAAAAAAAGCGAUAUGCCACUGAAGAAGUGAACAUGGAUGUAAAAAACAUUGAUAAAGUUGAGAGUACGGCAACAGAAAAAGUCACACUGCCAUUAAGAAAGGAUAAAAACAUUGACAAGCAGGAGUUAGCUGAUAAAAAGUCUAACAGGAAACCAAAGAAAUCAGCCAAAGGUACUAAAGGUCCCAGAAGGAAAGACCAGGAAAAGAUAUCUACAGAUCAAAAAGUAGACUUUCCAGAACCUUUGGUAAAGGCUCAUCAAGCUGCAUAUGCCUUUUUGAAUCCCAGUAUAAACAAAUAUGAUUCUGUACUUGAGCUCAUGGAAGAAGCCACCCAAACUCAGAUUUCGGUGCAGACAAUGAUAGCCUUCAUGGCUUUGCGCUAUGAGGAAAUAAUUCAGGGACUGGAAGAAAUGACAGAGGAGGGUGAACAGGUUUUGAAAGAAAAUGGAGAACAUCUUGCUUGGCCAAGUCAAAUGAAAAAUUUCUCAUCUUCGUCACAGCGGACGUCUGGUCCGAUUAGCUCAGAAUCUCCACCAGAUUUGUUGCAGCAGCUUCUUCAAUACACCACUCAGAGGAUGAGGAAUGUGAGCCGAACUGUUUGUGGAAUAGGAGACUCUGCUUUGGAGGAAGCAGUGGAUUACUUUGCCUCAGUGUCAGAGCUUUUAGAAGAGAAACUGAAAAUCAAACGUACUUUGGAGGCCAGGAUGAUGCGACUCUUAACCCAAAUAGAAAUGGCCUCCCUGCGCAAGCCUGGAGGAGAGGAUUCAGCUCUGUUUAGUGAGGACAGUGGUAUUGGGGCAGAGAAUGAAUCCAUUAAUGGAUAUGAAAAGCAUCAUAGACGAGAGAGUUGUGGGUCCAAUGGGACAAACAGAACUCCACUCAGUCCUACAGAGCACACUGCUAUAAACAUCACUGGCGCAUCGAUAGAAAAAUAUGGGACUCAAAUAAGUCCAAGUUUUUCUCUCACUUCACUCAACUCAAUUGAUUCUACAUGUACCAUAGUGCCUAAUGACCAAAGAGAUUCGCUGUUAGGCUCAGUCUCCUUAGAUGAUGGUGAAGACGACAACAAUGAUGAAGAGGAAGGAGAUAGAGGUGUUAAGGAUGGAAAAGUAUCAUUCCCGAUACAAUCUAAUUCUUCACCCAUGAGUUCAGCAACUCCUCCACUCCGCAUACCAAGAAAACGGAUAGAAAAUCCUCAAAAUGUAGAAAUGACUCUCAAAAUGAAAAAUGCUGUAAGUGAUAGAAUACGGUUUGUACAAAAGCAGAACACUGGUGCCAAAGCAAAAGUAGCAGGCACUCCAAAGACCACUAGACAAGAUUGGACAGAUGAGGAGGUGCAAUCUCCAAGGAGGCCUCAAACAGCAACAGCUGUUCGGAGAACAGAAAUAAAAAAGAACCCAGUUGCCAGGGGUCAACGUUCCAGGUCAGCAGAAUCGUUGCGGAGUAAAGGUGAAGAUCCAACUCUGUUUGAACUAGAAAGAACACAGAAUGCUCUAAACCAGAGAUUACAAAGGAUGAGUAAAACCAAAGUGGGAGGAAACUCGAAGUCGGUUACAUUUAAACAAACUCAAGGAAAUUCACCUGCUCAAUCUCCAGCAAUAAAACGAAAACAGUCUCCACAAGGUAAAAACAAUAAUAGCCAAUCACCUAAAGACAAAACAUGCCUCUUAAAGUACAGCAACAAAAAGGAAAUCAUCUGUGAUGUGGACGAAGAUAAAAAGGAAGAAAAAACAGAAUCCACAUGUCAUAUAAAAACCACUCCUCCACCUAGCCCUCCUUUAUCACCACAACUGUCAUCUGGCUUUCACAGGGGCAGGAAUUCAGUCAAAAAGCUGAUUGACACCUUCAGCCAGGGCAUAGAUGUCAAAGAAACUCCUACAGUUCUUGGGCCUUUAAAAGGGGUACGGAAGUGUGGUGUUCCCAUCCUACCUGGUUUAGGAAAUGUAGAAGCAGUUCUUAGUACUGGAGUGACCAGCUGUAGACCUGAGUCCACAACAUCUGAAAAAAAUGAUUAUUUUGAUCUCGACAAUCUCCCUCCACCUCCUCUGGAAGUACUAAUGGACACCUCUUUUGAAAGUGCCCAAAGUGGAUCGACUGCAGCAGGAGAUGGGACUACAAAAGUGGGAAAGUCACCUGUACUAAAAAGGCCUGCUGUAUCCCAAAGACUUAGAGCUUCAGUUCAGACUGUCACAGUAUUACCAAGCAAAGGAGGCUUACCACAGUCAACGAAGAUUGUUUUUCAAGGUACACCUGCUUUUUCAAAACUCAGUCAGGCCGAUGGAAUGGAGACAGAAUCUUCAAACCAUCAAGUUAGAAAGAUCUUACAUACACAACGAUCUUCCAACUCGAACUCGGAGAGCGCCUCGAUUAGUAGGGAAGCAACCUCAGAACCCCAAGGAGAAUCACCUAAAGUAGAGCAUAAUGGCAAGAUUUCAGUGCCUCAACCUAAUACCAGUGCAACUAUCGUGCCUCCUUCCUCAGCUGCCAGUAGCCAACCACUUGGCACUCCUCCUGUCUCUAAAGGCCGGAUGUUACCUUCCACUCCCUCUACCCCAAGUAGUUUGCAUAGAAGACUUCCCAGCCCUCUUGAUUCUAAAAAGGAAGUUAUGACAUCCUCAAUAAAUAGCUCCCCUGUUAACAAGACACCUCCUACACCACCAGGACUUCAACGGAGACUUCCCAGCCCACCUGUUGCAAACCAGAACUCUAGCACCUCAUACUCUUUCAAAGCACCAUCUCCACCAGCCUCACCAAAGGUACAAAAAUGGUCAAGGAAGAACAGCACUGAAGAAUCAAGUGCACAGAUGUUCAGUAAUGCUCGUUCGGUCUUCUGCCCAGCCUCUCCAUCCAUGUUUGAGGCCCAGCCUUGUUCGGUUAACCAACCACCUCAAGCAUGGAGUUCGAACAGAGUUUCAGUUCUUUCCAGGUGUUGGGGGAGUCGCGGAAGGUUCCCUGUGUCUGUACAAGGACCACGACCCUUUGUUCGACGUAGCCAAUCAGACAGAAGGCCAAGUCUAAGCAUGACUUCCCGAUUCCAACGGACCUCAGUGGCUGAAACUUGUGGAAGUGAGCCAGCAAUAUGUACAAAGGGGCUAGAUGACAAUCCAGCCAGGCACCAUGAAUUGUGGGGUAGCCAGUCAGACCUCAGGACAACGCCACGCUCUGCAUCACACCCGGAUCUGUGUAUUGUUGGACAGGCCUUACACAGGAGCUAAACAGGGCCAACACCAAGGCUAUGGGAUUAUAGAUUAGCAAGCAUUACUGUGGAUUUAAAAUGGUCUUGUUUAUUUCACUUGGAAGAGAAGAGGAGCUAAUUCCAUCCACUAUGUCAUGUAACACACCUCCAGAUACUCUGUACUUGGCUUAUUUCUCAUCAAGUUGUGUUGCCGUUAGCUGUUGUUAUUAUUGUGCUGUUUUUGGUUUUAAUGUUUACCAAAUAUAAGACUUGUUUAUUAGUUAUGGAAGAUUAUGAAAAAGCAUCUGUUGGACAAGUCUGAUCAGGAUUCUGAUCAGUUUUUUGUAGGUAACAUUUAACAAAUGAAAGAAAACAAAUUCUGCUCAGACAUUCAAUUUCAGACAAAUGCGGUCAAAACUGGUGCUAAACAUUUACAUCAUCAAUUAAAUUGAACUACAUCAAUUUUUAUGAAGAGAGACAUCUUGAAAAAUCAUAGUCAUUACUUUUUGAUAUUUUGUUUUUGUGAUUUGUUUUUAAUUUUUGUUGUCCAUGCUGUAAUUUUCU